CGUGACUUCGCGCGGGAAGGGAGAAGGUUGUCACUAGCUCCCUUUAAACCGCCAUGUAAUCUCCCUGACGCCCUGGACACACUCACCCUGAAGGACAUAAGGACGCGGGAAGGAAGGGAGAACAGCUAGAGGCAGCGUGCGUCACCAUGGCUGUGGAGGGCGUGAAGCAAUGCUGUCUAUCCAUGACCGCUGACAAGGUGACGGAGAGAAAGACUGGCAGCGAGCGCCUCCGUGGUCUCCUCAACAACGCCAGCAUUGUAUCAGCACUCAGCGCUCGCCCGGCCGACGCCUUCAACUGGAACCAAGUCUUUCAGAGCACCCGCAAAUAUUUCCUGGUGGAGGCGCGGAAACUGGAAGACGAGGAACGGACCAAAACGAACGUGUCCCAGACCGUUCUGCGCACUCGACAGAACCACAAGCGUACCGUGGCGUCCCUGCUCAUCCUCGUACUCAAAAAGGCAUGCCGAUCCACCCCGCACAUCACCCCACAGCUCGUCAUAGAAUUUGUCUUGAAGGUCCUGAGCAAACGCAAUCCGUACCUCCUGGAAAACUUUGCCGGGGAAGCCUUGCAGAUAACCCUGAAAUUUCUGAUGCGGUUCCGACAUUUUUACGCCGAGAUGACCGUCGAGAAUUGGAGAGACCUCCUCAAAAUUUGCGUGUGGCUUUACGACCAGUCCAUCGCAAACACUGACCCCCAAAGCAUCGUUAGCGUGAUGGCCGGGGUGGUGCGGCUCUGUCACACCCGCCAGACAGCCGCACCCCGCACCCCCGCCCGCCUCAUGGUCCUCCCCCCCCUCCCGGCCUUCCUCCGUCGGGCGCUGCUCUCGGAAGGUCUGGCCAAGGAGUUUAGCCGUCACGGAAGUCUAUUGAAGUUGAUGUUAGCGUUUACGUCCACGAUGGCCUGUGAGUGGCGGAUGCUCCUCUGCUCGCUGGGUGAGGACACCUUCUCAUCCGUUCUGUCCAUGUGGGAUCCGAGGCCAUCCGCCAAGCAGACGCGCUGGCUUGAGUACGUCUGUUUGUUGGUUACGCUCCACCACCCACAGCGAGGCGGAGAGGUCCCACAGGAUAGCCAAUACGCCGGCGACCCCCAGAAAUGGCAACGCUGUCUUCGCCAUCUAUACCAGCUGUUACAUGACCACCUCGCGCGCCGGCCCUCCGCCUCCGCCAACUCCACCACCUGGGGCAAGGCGGAGGGGGGUGGAGGUGGAGGUGGAGGGGGUGGAGGUGCGGGCGGUGGUGAGGUGAUGUCCGAGGUUAUGCUGAAGCUGGUCGGAAGGGUGUGUUUACAGGUCUUCUCCGGGAGCGAAUCUACCGGGUUCAUCGAUGUCACGCAGCUCGCCAGCACCAGCGGAAGCGGAGGGAAGAGGCGGAAGAUUGAGGUCGGAUUGGCCCCCCUGGCGGAUCGGUUGCGAGCGGAAGGGACCCUACCACAUGUGUAUCCCUGGUACCAAGUCGUGUUAUGGCUUCUCACGGAACAUCCUCGGUUCUUCGACAAGGCGCGAUGUUCCCUGAUGUUGGAAUCCCUAUCGGUGGUGCUGUCUAGAGGCUGCAGCGAUACCAUGAUCCUGGAUGUGGUGCUGAGGUGUCUCAAUGCCUUGGCUGUUCAGUAUGAGGCUGUCACAAGGGUGCCCAAGGAGGGGGGGGCCGCAGGAGGAGGAGGUGACAGAGGAGCGCACUGGAGCAACAACCCCUGGGCGCCGGUGUGGGAUGUGACCCUGAGGCUUAUCAGUGGUCGGCAAAGCAGUGGGCCGGGCCUGUCGCUGAUGGCUACUUUAAUAUCGACGAAAUUGAUUGUUCCUGAGUCUUCGGCGUUUAAACUUUUCCACCAGAACUACCUUGAGGCCAGUGAGGAGGCACUCUUGGCUCUGUUGGCGGCACUGACCUCCACACCUCUCCCGGCACACCUGGAUAACGAACCCGCCUGGCUCCACACAACACAAGCUCAGGACUCGAGGAAAUCACUUAUACAAUAUCUUCUGCCUAUGCAAGCCUGUGGGCUCGGCGGCGGAGGAGGGGGGGCAGCGGGGGGCGUGCUGGGGUGCCUGACCAACCCCCCCCUGCUGGUGAAGGUGCUGGGGUGUCUGUGUGUCCGGGAACCCCAUACUACACAGAUCAACUUCAAGAAACUCCACCACCACCACCACAACCACCACCUCCACCGCACCUCCGCCCACACCACCAAACUGGAGGAGAUCUUACACCUCUCCUCCUUCACCUGCGAUCUUCCGGCAGCCAAGAUCGUCAACAGAGGAGGAGGAAGAGGAGGAGGAGGAGGAGGAGGAGAGGAAGAGUGCUUGUUACCUGAGCUGUCUGAGUUCGUUAUCGAGAGAGUGUGUGCGUUUUCCGACCAGGUCGCCACGGAGGAAGGUCAAAGGUCGCCCGCAGGUGUGGAAGCCCUAAUCCACCUGGCGGAAGUCCACACCCGCCUCCACGCCUCCACCCAGGAUGAAAGACUCAAAGAGAAGUUCCGUAAGGUGAUGUGUCUCGUAACUUCAGCCCUUGAGAGGAUCUGCUCCGAGGGGGAUGUGUCACGAUGGGAAGCCCUCCACCCCCUCCUCUCCUGCCUCCUCCACCUCUUUGGGGGUGCGGAAGAGGAGGAGGAGGAAGAGGAAGAGGAGGAGGAGCACCCACCUCCACCUCCACCCCAGCCCAGUCUCCUCAGCAACACUCCAUCAGCCCUGUACGCUGUGGUUCUGAGCCUGACGGAAGAGCGGAGUAGGAAGGUCGCGAUGGCUGCUGCAGUGAUGUCCAGCUUGCAGAGUAACCAGGCAGGUUCCUUUGACGAUUUUGACCUUGAUUUUGACGAGACCAUUCCAAGCACGGCCGAGGCAAUGAAGGAGGAGAUUCUGGAGUUCGAGGAGGAGCUGUCGAACCAGGGGGAGGAGAGGCACCACUCCGAGGAAUCCAUCUCUCUGGACGACCCCGCGACCCUAGGCCAGAGGGACCGUUGUGUGGUGCUGGCGGGGCGGUGGCUGGUACACGCCUCCGCCGCAGCCGCCCCCGCCACCGCCACAGGGACCCCAGACCACCCGUUCCUGCAUAAGGGGGUGGAUAUGAUCUUGCAAAUGUCGUCGGCCCCAGGAAUUGAGAUGUCCGAUGUGGCCGUGGUCAUGUCGUUUGUGAGGUCACUCUUCCGCUCCCAGUAUGCAGAGGACAACAUUUUGGACGGACUGGAGGUCAUCAGCAAUGUCGCCAAGUCCCGCGGAGGUCAAACGGAGGUCGCCCGCUGUUCCCUGGUCAGGCUCGGAGAGUUGGUGCGCUGGCAUGGGGUUCGGCUGUCCGCAGAUGCCCGCACGAGUCUCCUGACCCUCGCCAAAGCCUUCGCGACCAAGCUCUACCAGGGCAGCUAUGGAGGCAGUGUUACCAAGGCUUUGCUGGGGCUGAAUGUGGAAUUAUCGAAGGUCGACCCCAUGCGGACUUGGUCGAGGUAUGGAAUUGCGGAUCACGAGAAUGUAUGCCAAAUUUACGCCUUCCUGGGCAGCCCCGCGAUUGACGUACGUGUGUGCGCCUCUACGUACACACACCUGCUUCUUCUGGCCACACGCACACAGGCCGGGGACGCACACGGACGCACACAGAGGGCGGUAGAGGAGUUGAACACACCUUAUCAAGAUCAGAUGUUUGAGGAAGUCUAUCAGAGAGUGUUGGAGGGGCUGGGUAUGGAGAUCCCCCCAAACACAGACACAUCCCCCGACGAGAGGGCCGCCCGGGUCAGCACCUUCCUCCUUGCACUCGGCACUGUGGCACUGAGCUCACCGUACCUCCAGGCCAAGGCACUGUUCGCUCUGUGCCUGUCCGUGCCUGCCUGCAAGAUUGACGAGGCUACGAUCUUCCGCUUGCUAUCCUGCAUCACCAAGUCCACCAACACCUCCCCAGCGGCCCUUCUGACACCCCAUCUCCCGUACCUCGCGACCCAGUGGAUUCAACACAAACACAACAUCACAGACUUCCCAGCCAAGGCAUUCGGACACACGGACACACGGACCUUCCUCGCCAAGCACCGUGUCGCCCUGUUACCCGUGUUGCUCGAGGGAGACAAACGGGAGGGGAUAGAUGCCCUCGGGGAAGCCUCGGAGAAGUCCAUUAAGGAUUUGUACGAGGAGGGGUUUCCGGAGAUCUUGGCGAGAGUGUUUCCGUACAUCGCGGCGGAGAGCGCGGUUGAUGUGGAGGGUUGCCAGCUGUCCGAGGCCAAGAUCCAGGGAGGGAAGCGUCAAUACAAGCAGGUUCAGCGCGCCCUCGGAACAGAUGCCUUCACCUCCCUCCUGACGGCCCAUGUGGGGGAUGUGACGCUGCGCCUGGUGGGCCUGGUGCACGAUGGGGUGCCGUGGGGGGAGGGGGAGGUGGUGGUGCCGCCCCCCCCGCCCUCCUUCACCCCAGCGAUGGUCAAGGCCACUCUCAACUUUGUGGGGACCAUAUUCAGGGAGGACGGUCAGCUGCUGGUGUUCCUGGCGGGGCGGCGGGGUGAGCUGCACCGCGUGGUGGCGGGGGUGGCGGAGGGCCUGGCCCGGGGCACGGCGCCCCACACGGCCCGUGCCGGCCUGGCCAGCACUGCGGUGCUGGUGGAGGCCGUGGUGCCCCUGCUGGGCGGCCCCCUGGCCCAGGUGUCCCACUACCUGCUGCGCCAGCUGCUGCACCUGCUGGCCGGCCACCUGGCCCACCUGGCCGCCCUGGGGCACCACCUGGCCCACCGCUGCACCGGCCUGCUGCACCACCUGCUGCAGGGUGUGCUGCACACCCUGCCGGGCCACCUGGCCCCCGCCGUGCCCAUGCUGUUUGGGCGGCUGCUGCCCAUGGCGGCCCGGCCCAGUGUGGCCGCCCUGCUGCAGCUGCUGCUGGAGAGUGACAACCCCCAAGUCCAGGCCGCCGUGGCCCGCCUGCCCGCCCUGCCCCAGACCCCUGACGGCCCCGAGCUGGCCGCCCUGCGCCGGGCACACCAGGCUGCCGUGGCCCUGCACCGCGGCCACCCAGACCUGCUGGACGAGGUGGACAACUUCCUGGCAGUGGCGGCCGCCGCUGUAGCCGCCCACCACCUGGCCCACCUGGCGGCCGUGGUGCGUGGUGCCCGGGGCCAGGUGGCCGAGCUGUACGCUGGGUCAGGGCCGGGCCAGGAGAGCCGCGGCCACCGCCUGGCCCACCGCCUGGCGACCCUGGCCGCCGGGGAGGACAGGGGGGUGGCCCUGGAGGCGUGCCGGUGCCUGGGGGAGCUGGGGCCACUGUGCCUGGGCGGCCCCGUGUUCCUGCCGUGUGAGGGCGGCCCCCCACAGACCCCCGAGGAGGAGGGGCCGGCCGGCGGCUACCUGCAGCGCAUCCUGCUGGCCCUGGACGGCUGCCUCACCUGUGGCACCGUGGAGGUGGAGGCCGCCGCCGCCCAGGCCUUGGCGGGGGUGCUGGCCACACCCGAGGGCCAGGCGGCCUACCAGGCACUGCCCUCGCCCACCGCCGAGGAGCUGCGGCCGCUGCUACCUGAGAGCCGCCACAGGGCCAAGGCCGCCGCCAACAGCACCGCCGCCGCCGUGGACGCCAGCGCCUACCUGCAGAUUGUGGGGGACGAGGCGGCCUGGGUGGGGGGGGCGGGGUAUGAGGCCUGGGUGUGUGGCCUGGCGGCGGUGCUGGUCACUGGCGGCUGUGGCAGCCAGGCCGCCGCGCCACUGCUGCCGCUGUGUGCGCUGAGGCCUGACUUCAGCGCCCUGGUGCUGCCCUUCCUGGUGCAGGCCGCCCUCACCACCGACACCACCGCCAGCCGCCGCGACGUGCUGUCAAGGCAGGUGGCGGCCUUCUUUGCCCACCAUGGCCAGGUGGGCGACACAGCGGCGGCCCCGGCCAGCCACGACAAGGCCGCCAUCCGUGCCAUGCUGGCCGUGGUGGACCACCUCAGGCUGCACAGCCCCCCCGCCCCCCCUACACGGGGCGGCUCAGCCCGGCGGGGGGCCGCCGCCGCCACCACACCCUUUGAUAACAACCUGUGGCUGCGGCUGAACUACCUGCACGUGGCGGCCGCCGCGCACCGCUGCGGCUCACACUUCUCCGCCCUGCUGUGCCUGCACCUCCACCACCACCAGAUGCUGGCCCAGACACCGCCGGAGCGGGGCCCGGCCGCCAUCACCCGCCGCCUGCAGGCCCCGCCCAUGGCCCGCGUGGCCGCCCACCCCGAGGCGGAGGCUGCGGGGCGGCUGCUGCUGGCGGUGCACGAGGCGCUGGGGGACGGGGAGGGCGUGGAGGGCUGCCUGGCGGCCGGGGCGGUGGUGCCCGAUGCCCCGGCGGCCCGGCUGCUGCGCUGCCGCCACCAGGGUGAGUGGCUGACGGGCCUGGCGGUGUGUGACGCCGCCCGCCACCGCCCCGGCCUGCUGGAGGGCCUGGCCGCCCUGGGCCUGUACAACACCAUGGCGGGUGUGCUGGCCGCCACACCGCCCACGCAGCGUGACGACCAGGCCCAGUGGCAGGCCGCCUGGCGGCUGGCACGCUGGGACGACAUGGAGGUGGGGCAGCACCGGGGCGGGGGGGCGGGGGAGGCGGCCGGCGGCUUCCACCAGCACCUGUGUGAGGCACUGCGAGCCCUGCACCACCAGGACACAGCCGCCCUGCACCGCCACACCCUCACCGCCCGCACCGCCAUCACCGCCACGCUCAGAACGCUCCACCCUGAAAGCACCACACUGCUGUACCCCAUCCUGACACAACUCCAAGCACUGAACGAAAUUGACGACAUCGCCAAAUGCCUCCCCAAACUGUCCGACCCUGAGGAGGCGCGGGGAUGUGUCGGGGCCCUGCAGGAGGUGUGGGGGGGCAAGGAGGCGAUGGGGAGGGUGGAACAUGUGCACAAAGAGGAGCUGCUGGCCGUGAGGAUAGCUGCUUUGAGGGCUGUUACUGCUCUUGGGCGGAGCGAGGAGAUUCAGGCUUUGCUACAUCAGACUUUGCUUGCCAAGAGUAGGCUGGGACGCACCACUGCCAGGGAUGGGGUGCGGGCAGGUCACAGCCUCGUCGGGUCAGAAGCGGCUGUUCUGAUGGCCUCUCAGCUCUCUGUCGCACCCUCCCUGACGCACCUCACCAAGCUUGAAGAGGCGGAGGUGGCGAGGGCUGGUGGGGAUGUGCAGAGGGCGCGACACAUCCUACAGGCUUUGCUCGGACAGAUGGAGGGUCAGGAGGGGGAGCCGCAGGUGCUGAGCCAGGUGCUGACCCUUCUGGGGGAGCUGCUGAUGGGUGCGCGCUGCCUCCCCCCACACACCAUCAUCCAGGACUAUUUCACCCGGGCUACAACCACCCUCAUGACGCGGGCUAGAGACAAGGACAGCCGCGACGUGCUUGAAAACAGCCACCACCGCCUCGCCCAAUACGUCGAGCAGCUCUUCCGCCAGGCCCACAACACCCUGGAGAGCGACGCAUCCCAGGCCAAGCGAGGGAACAUCCGAAGGUCCGAGGAUGAGCUGGUCAAACUGGGGAACCUCAUUAAGGGCUGCAAGGAUAACACGGAUGACUGGAAGGAGCUGCGGAAAAAAAUAGUCUUGCUCCAGCGAAACAUCAACAUCGACUUGGUCUUCCUCCGAGAACUUGAGCGCGAGAAACAGCAGUACCUGAACAUCGCACUCAAGGCCUAUCUGAGCUGCCUGGCUGUCACCGCAAAACCGCACCUCCAUGCCUAUCGCCUUGCUGCUCUCUGGCUUCAUAACUCCGACCAGGAAAACGUCAAUACGAUGAUUUCCGAGCUCAGCGUCAAAGUUAAAAGCCAUCAUUUCGUUCCGCUUCUGUAUCAGCUGGUCGCUCGACUCUCAACGCAGAUGUCCGCUAGCUUUCCGCCGGUCCUGUUCAACCUGCUGGUCCGUGUGUGCGAGGAUCACCCCCAUCACGGCCUGCCUGUCGUGUACGCGCUUGCCCACGCACACGCCGACCUGCACUUACAGGCCGAGGGGAAGAGGAAGGCUGCGGUGAUGACGGAGGAGGAUCGAGUGCAGGCCGCCAAGAUGCUGGUUGACCGGUUGAAGAAGGGGAGGAUUCGGGAGCAUGUGGUUGAGUUUGAGGAGGUCUGCUUAGCCUAUCUCUCCCUGGCUAAUUGGUGCUCCUCCCUGGGCCGACGGAAUGCUGGAGAUAAGGUCACCCUCCCCGCCACCCAGCGCCUCACCAGCCUCCAGAACCUCCGCCACACAGCCGCCCUCACCCAGCCGCCGCCCCUCCAGCCAUCCGCCCAGUACCAGCCGCCAACCAUCCAGGGCUGGGAGGCGGUCGGCAUGUUCGUGGGGGGGAUUAACGCACCUGUUCGCCUGUCUGUGAUGACCUCGGACGGCUCAAAGCACCUGGAACUCUUGAAGGGGAAGGAUGAUGUGCGCCAGGAUGCUGUGAUGGAGCAGGUCUUCGGAAUCGUCAACGAACUGCUCAUGAGAUCGGCCGAGACCAGGGACUGCGGGCUAUCCAUGAGGACUUACCAGGUUGUCCCACUGAGCCAACGGAGCGGACUGAUUCAGUGGUGCCGGAAUACCCAGGCUUUUGGUAGGUACGUGAUCGGCGCGGACAAGAAGAGCGGUGCCCAUAAGGUGUACCACCCCACAGACUACAGCGCCAAGGUUUGCCAGGACAAGAUGAAGGCUGUCAAGGAUAAGUCGGCCGAGGAGAGGCUGCGUGUGUUCCAGGACAUUCUCGAGCACUUCCACCCAGUCUUCCACCACUUCUUCCUGGAGCAGUACCCGUCUCCGCACCAGUGGUUUCUCCGGCGCCAGGCAUACACGCGCUCGGUGGCCACGAACUCCAUGGUGGGCUACAUCUUAGGCCUCGGAGAUCGACACACGGAGAAUAUUCUGCUGGACAAGGCGACGGCGGAGCUUAUUCAUAUAGAUUUGGGGAUUGCGUUCGAGCUCGGAAAGGUUCUGCCCACGCCGGAAACUGUGCCCUUCAGAAUGACCCAGGACAUCGUGGCUGGCCUGGGAGUGCUCGGCGUGGAGGGCCCGCUUCGGUGCUGGUGUGAGGCUACCAUGCGGGUGCUGCGGGGGGGCGGGGAGGUGCUGGUGACCCUGGUGGAGGUGCUUCGACAUGACCCCCUACACCAGUGGACCUUGACCCCACAGCAGGUCGCCAAGUUGCAGGCUUCAGGGGAGGAGGAGGAGGCUGUCGGUAGCAACCAGAGCACCGUGUCCAUGGCGGAGCGGGUGGUGCUGACGGUACGGCAGAAGCUGGCCGGCAUGGAGGAGGGCUUCCCCUGCACCGUACCGGACCAGGUCAACCGGCUUCUGCAGGAGGCAACCAACCCAGCGAACUUGUGUCGAUUGUUCCCUGGCUGGCAACCGUAUGUGUGAGGAGGAGGAGGAGGAGGAGGAGGAGGAGGAAGAGAAGAGGAGGAAGGAACGAAGGAAGAAAUACAGGAAA